CGAGCUCGAGACCUGGACCCGGACCAGGGGAGCAUGAGGACCGGGACGGUACCGUCCGCGGAGACCGGAGCCCCGUGACCAGAUCCGGACUCGGACCGGGACCUGGAGGACCCCCGUUAUCAUCCUCAUCUCGUUAACUCGUGCCCGCGGUCCCGACCUGAGGCGCGCGGCCGCCGUGGCAGGAACGAUGCUCGCGCUCACCUUGACCUGGAGCGCGCUGCUGGUGUUGGUGGUGGCGGACCGGGUCCAGACCCAGACCCAGGCCCAGGCGGACCGGGUCCAGACCCAGACCCAGACCCAGACCCAGGCCCAGGCCCAGGCGGACCGGGUCCAGAGGGACAGGACGGCGCCUUUUCUCCUCACUGAGAACAUGUGGCCUCAUGGUUGUGUCCUGGACUGCCAGAGGGGGCGCCACCGAGCCGUGUGUGGCACCAAUGGAAGGUUGUAUAAGUCCAUGUGUGCGUUCCAGCGGGCGCAGUGCAUCAACUCCCAGCUCCGCCUCGCCCCCCGGAGCCACUGUUCAGGUCCCAGGCGGUCUAAAUGCCAGCUGGCCCGUGCUCAGGCCCUGGAAGCCACCACCUACAGCAGCAGCGGCGGCAGCCAUCUUAACCCUGCAGCCGCCAUCUUUGUCCCAGAAUGCAGCUCAGAUGGUCACUUCCUGUCAGUGCAGUGUUAUAACCAGACCGGCUACUGCUGGUGUUCUACGCCUGAUGGAAAACCGAUCAGUGGAACCUCAGUCCUCCAGCUGACCCCCAACUGCACCGAACACAUCAACGGGAUGGUUCAGACCAGUGAAGAUUUGUCUCCAACCAAAGAUGAAGAUGGAGAACCCGGACCCACAGUGGAUUCCAGAAAACCUUCAGAUCUGACGGCUCCUCCGUUCUGGGUGACCAUCCUGAGGAACUCGGACCCUAAAGUGAACCGCUCCGUACGGCGGCCCACGGACAGUCCACAGACCUGUGAACGUGAGCGGGCGAUGCUUCUCUCUCAGAUGCGUUCAGUCUGGCAGGAGGAGCGUUUUAUCCCAGAAUGCACUGCAGACGGUCGCUACGGUGCGGUGCAGUGUCACGUUGCUACGGGUUACUGCUGGUGUGUGAGGGCGGACAGCGGCCGGCCUCUACCGGGAACCUCGGUCCGGAAUCGUAUCCCAGACUGCACUGGGGCUGAGACAGCGUGGACAGAUCGGAGAUUCAGAGAGAAACCUCUACCUGGAUGUCCAGGAGCUCAGAAGAAGCAGUUCCUGCAGAGUCUGGUCCGAGCUCUGGAACUGGAAGCAGAGCAUGCUGGGAGUCUGAGUAUCCACCACGCUUCACCCUCACCUCCAUCCAGCCCUCCUCCAUCCUCCUCCCCGUCUCGUCUGGACCUCCUCCCUUCUCCUCCUCCUCCACUGACUUUAACUCCCGAGGUCGUGGACUCGUCCAGGCCGGAGGGGGUUCUACGCUGGCACUUCAUUCAUCUGGACCAGGACUCUGACGGGCUCCUGAGUGAACGCGAAGCCCGGCCCCUUCGCCAGUUCCUCAGGAGGAGGCUGAAGCCCAGGAGGUGCGCCAAGAAGUUCUCCCAGUACUGUGAUCGAGACGGAGACCGAAGUCUGACCCUGGAGGAGCUGAGGGUCUGCCUGGGCCUCUGAGUCUGAUCAUCCUACGUUCUCAUGUUUCAUCACAACCAUCGCUCAUGUUCAGGCUCAAAACCACAUCCAUCAUCCUCAGCGUCACGGCAACCCAUCUCUGACUCCGCCCCCCUGCCCCACCUCCACAUCAUGCAUUAUUUAUUCCCUCCUUUUAUUUCUAUGUUGCUCCUCCUUCUCCAACCCAUGAUGAUUUACCUUCUGGAAAUUUCAUUAAUUUCAGACGAAUCUGCAGCUCGUGUUAUAUUUAUCUGUUUAUUUUAAUCAGUUACGUCUUUAUUUUUACUGAUUCCACUUUCAUCUGACAAAAAUCUCAGAGUUUUUUCCUCUUUAAUAUCCAUUUUAAUCUAAAAGAAAUAGACUGAAUUUCUGAUGUAAUAAUCUCAGAGAAUAUUCUCAUGUUAUAUAUUUAUUUAAGCUUUUCCUUGUUUUUUCCUAUACAUUUUUGAAGAUGUCUGAGGUUUUUGUUGCAGAUGUGUAAAUUUAUGACACUAAUCACAAGAGAAUUUCUUUUUUUUUCAGUAAUUUAUGUAUUUAGAAUCCCAGAACAUCUGAGUUUUGUUUAAUAAAUGUACAAUUUUCAUUUUAAGACAAUAUUUUAUUAGAUUUUUUUUCUAUUCCAUGAUUUUUGUUUUUUUUCCCUCAGAAACCAGAACUUUCUCUUAAAUUCACCAGUUUAAUGUCAGGACACACACAUUGUAUCUAUCAUUUUAUCUAUUUAUUUAACAUACACAAAUUUAUCAGGAUUUUCAACAUUUUUCUGAAAAAAUAUAAGGAAAGAUGUAAUUCUGGGAUUGGGAUACAGUAUUUAUAAAGACAGGAUAGUUGAAAAUGCAACAGUUUCCAGGAUGUGAAGUUAAAAACAGACAAUGUGAUGGUUUGGAAUUUGUUAGGGUUAGGAAAAGAUCACGGUAAGGGUUAAAAUAAGACCAAAUAAAUAGAGGAAACAGGAAAAACUAGUCUCCUGUGUUUAAGUCCAGUUUUUACCACAUUCAUUUAUUUUAGAAUUUACAUGAACCAACAUCAAAACAUUUGUAAACAUCAGUCAUUUUAAGACCCGACAAAAAUUAACCAAUAUUGACAUUUUUUUCUUGUGACAAAUUUGCACCAAACUCUGUUGAGUCUACAUUAUUUUGACAAGUUUGAUUCGGUACAAGUGCAGAUUUUAUCCUAAUUUAUCCUGUAUGUUUCAAUCUUGUCUAAAUGCCUGUUUUGUGUCGAACUGAAAACCAUCUGAACUCUUCUUUUAACCUCAUUUUCUCCUGUUUUCUACAUCCUGUACUGACUUUAACACUGUACUGACGGUGUGUUGAUGUAAAAUAAUUUGAUAUAUGUUUAAUUCAUUAUUUUUUUAUACAUAUUCUACAUUGUUUUACAGAAAUGUCUUGUUUUCGUGUCUGUUUUAUUUUCGUUCUCUACUGUUUUGAUAAAUGAAAGUGAAAAAUGCCCCCCCCCCCUUUUUUU